AAACAUUUCUAGAAGAAUUUUCAUUAUUUGGUAAGUUGAAUAUAAUAUAUUUGAUAAUUUCUUAAUGUAAAAUUAAUUUGUUCAUUUUUAGGUCUUAAGAAUGUGCCGACAUGUUUAGAUUAUCAGACCAGUAAUAAAUUAUGUCUUUGAGAGUGCCAAUGGUGAGUCAGCAUUGAUGUUUGGCGAUGAUUGUGGCUAUAUUCAUAUAUUAUAUUUCAAAAAUCCGAUAAAUACUCUGUUUGAUCCAGUAAGAAAAAAAUCGGAUACAUCUAAAUCAGAAAAAAUAGAUGAUGAAGCAAAACGCAUAUUUUGGGAGGAUUUGAAAGAUCAUGAACAAUACGUACGAUAUUAUUCAAUGGGUCAAAUACAUAGCGAAUAUAUUCGUAAAAUUUUGUAUUUACCUCAUAAUAAUUCUAUUAUUACAUCAAGUGGUGAUAGUCGAAAUUCAUUAGUUAUUUCAUAUAUUAAUAAAAUUAAAAAACCAUAUAUCUUUCGAUUAUACAAGGGUUGUGAAUGUUUCGAUUACAAUAAAACAUUAAAUCUUCUUCUUACCGGUGGUGCUGAUUAUUUGGCACGUAUUUGGAAUCCAUAUGUACCAUCAAAAAAUAUUACAAUUCUUGAGGGACAUCAGGCGGUUGUCAUUGAUGUUAAAAUUAACGAUCGACUAAAACAAUGUUAUACAUUCAGUAAAGAUGCGGUUGUAAAAGUAUGGGAUUUAGAAGAAUUUACAUGUAUUCAAACGGUAACUAUCAAAUUUCCCAUGACAGCUGGAAAAACACCUAAUUUUGGUUCAUUUCCAACCGACUUUUAUACGAACUCAAACCAGAAUGUUGAUUCUAUGUCUAGUGCAUGGGUAUUAGCAUGUAAUGAUUAUUUAUGCUUAAUGCGAUUGGGUCAUAAUAGUUUAAAAGAUAGUGUACUAUCCGAAACACAUAAUGCACCAUUGAGCUGUGCAGUUUAUAAUAAAAAAUUAAGACAACUUAUAACAUGUGCGGAUGAUUCAAGUCUUAGUGCUUGGGAUAUUGAAAGUGGUCGAAAAGUAUUUUUUAUUGCUGAUGCACAUGAGGGAGAAGAAAUAACAUGUAUCAGUAUCGAUAAACCGUGUAGAAGAAUUGGAACAGGCGCUAGAAAUGGUAUUGUUAAAAUUUGGAAUGCCGUUAAUGGUCACAAUAUCCACAUUUUAAUAGGUGUAGAUGAUUCUGAAAUUACCGGUAUUAUAUUUAUCGAUAAAAGAUUAAUUACGGUUGGUUGGUCACGUAAAAUUGUCAAAUAUCCCGAUAUAAUAUCGGAGAUGUCUAUCCCAAAACCAGAUUUAACAUGGAAUGGUUCACAAGUUCAUAAAGACGAUAUAUUAUGUUGUGAAUUUCUAUCACCAAAUAUUAUGUGUACAGCUAGUUAUGAUGGGGAGAUUAACGUUUGGAGUGUUGAUACAGAGAAAUUAAUUAUUUGUCUAAGAAAAUCGUCAAAAUCAGAUAUAAAAAAAUCGGUGGUUAGUGGACAAGAUACUUUAACUAAAAGUCGGCAACGAUCCAGUUCCAGUCAUGUCAAAAACAAAAAAUUGUCUCUCGAACAACCGAGACCAGUUGAUCAAUUAUUAUUUUUAAAACAUCGUGCAAAGGAAAAUAUGAAAUUAGGUGUACUUUUCUCUAGUGAAGGUGGUUAUUUAUAUUGCUGGUCUUUGUACGGGGAGAAGAAGAACAUGGCUUAUUUCUACGCUUCAUCGAAAGAGGGCGAAUCCAUACUGGCUUUGAGUACAGAUCAUACGAAUAAGCGAUUGAUCUGUGGCGAUACAUGCGGUCAAAUUCGAAUAUGGAAUAUUGAACACUAUUGUUCUAAGCCUGAACAAGCAACGAGUGAAAUAAUUCGUGAUAAACCGCCUCUACUCUGCAAAUUUAAAGCACAUCAUGCAGCAAUUAUUAGUUGUGAAUGGAUUGAUUAUAGAGGAAGCGAAUAUUUGAUAACAUCAUCGACCGAUCAUACUGCCAGAGUAUGGACAAUGAACGGGGAAGAAAUUGGAAUAUUUGGACAACGGGAUUUAUGGGAUAUUGAAGAAGAAGCAGAUGUUUAUACAUAUAGAAAACCAAAUAUCGAACUUCCUCUAGACCACGGUACACGUCAAGAAAAGGAAGAAAUAUCGGAAGGACACCUGGUGAAGAAAAAAGUUUCAAUCGAAGUACCAAAAAUAGAGCAAAUUAGUGUAAUUUCACCAGCAUUAUAUACCAUUUCGGAUUCUGGAGAACUAGUGGAAAAUAGAAGAAAAACCUCUAGUGCAGGACAGACAACAUUGCUAGGAUUAACAGUUGAACGAGCUCUUACGCAGCAAAAAUUUUAUCGACAAGAACGACGAAAUAAUAUUAGUCAAGUUGAUGGAAAACAGUUGAUCAAAGGCGGCGUGCACUAUACACCAUAUGCAGUAUUAGCUACUUAUAACAUCAAUAUACCAAAUUUUGAAGACAUAUUCAGUUAUGGUACAGUCGGAAGUCAAUAUCACCUAUCGAAAAAACAUUCGGAUAUUCCAGAUUUUACUCAAUCUUCAUCAUUUGAUGAUGACAGUGACACAAGAGACAAAUUAAUAUUACCACCAAUAUUUAGUCGACAAAAAUUAUCAAUAACAUCAGAAAAUCGAUAUAGUUUAACACCCAGAAACAAUAAAUUUUUGGAAUCGGUGACAGAAAUGUUAAAUUAA